ACCGAAUACGAUACCGUUCCUAUAGCUUUUGUGGCGGUUAUUAUCGUUUUCUUUCGCUUCCUUUCCGAAGUGCCGUCCGUUGGCGCGGACCUUUCGAUUAUCUCGGUGUAUAUUCGAUCCCGGACGUCCAUUUUAUAACUUCGAUGACUAAAAUUUUAAACUUUUACGUAAUACGUCUUUAAAUAUUCAAAGGUUUAAAACACGUUGACGUCGGAAUAACCCGUAUAAAAAUAUUCUUUCGACAUUCCGCAGUUUUGCACGAAUUUUACGUAAAUAUCUGGGAAUCGGUCCAUAACGUGUCGGAACACGUCCGACGUAAACGACGGGAAUCGACGAUCCGAAUACGAAUUUUUGGGGUGGUCUUUCCCGAUUAUUAAUUUAUAAAUUAAGAGCGGUGAAGAAGUUUUACCGAGGAAUAAAAAACAAAUUAUCUUAAAAGACAAACAAAAGCUUUUAAUAGAACUUUUUCCCGGUCGAAUUUCGUCCAAUGAUAAACGUUACCGACCUACCGGCCAGCGAACGGAUAAUAAAAAAAUAAAUUAAUUUAUAAAAAUAAUAAUUAGCGGGUAAUUAAUAAAUAAAUUAACCGCAAAAAAUAUACAAUGUAUUUUACACCGGUAGGGAACAAUGGAGAAAUCGUUUCCCGCUAGAGACGUCACGGGGGACUUUCCCGGACCGGUUCCUUUUUCCCCGUCACGUUACCGCGAUACGUUUUCGUCGUCGACGGUGGGGUGAACAUGUGCGUUCGAAUAGAUUCUUGCUGCUGUUUUAGUAACGUUAAAGACGGAACUUUGGCCACGGGAGUGUACACGUCGAUUACGUCUUUGCUGUCGUCGGUGGCCUGCGCGGUUAUACUCGCAUAUUCCGACGUGGAAAGUUACGUCCGUCGUCCCUUUUUAACAGCGCAAGUUAAUCGAACGGCUACUUUUACCGUCGCAGGAAUCGAUGCCCACUCCCUCCGAGUAUGCCUGGCCAUUCUUCUGGCGUGGGGCGCGGUGUGUUUUUUAACCAGUCUAAUUUUACUCUACGGAGUUAAAAGGGACCACCGUUAUUGUCUGAUACCUUGGAUGAUUUGGAACGCGGUGGCCGUCGUCGGACAAAUCGCUUUAUUCGUUUCCAGCAUGGCAGCGGUAAAAGCCAACGUCGCGUCCGUGGCCAGGAUGGUGAUUGCGGGAUUUUCCGUCGUUUUCCACUUAUAUUGUUACAGUUGCGUUUAUUCUCAUUACGCCAUUCUGGCCGAAAGCCACGGAGGAAUCGCCUAUUAUAUGGCCAAGUUGUAAAUCUAUCGGCGUUACGUUCCGAGAAAUCCUCCCGUUCUCGUCCUGGUAUUAAAAUAUCUUUGGUCUCCGACCGGACACCGGCCGCCACGGGCAUUCCAAUCUUCUCGUUCGUUACGACGGUUUUUUAUUCGAACUACGCGACGAAGCGUUUUAAUUUAGAAAAUUGUGAAAUUUUCCUCCGCGCGUGUUUUAUGUGUUUUAAUAAAAAUAAAGUUUCGUAAUAAAGAAAUCGUCUCGUACUCCGUAUUUAUUUGAUCUUCGGACGAUUUUCUAAUUGUUAAAUUUAAGAAAACUUUCGUUUAACCGAGCUCUUCGGGAGGAAUUUCUUAAAGCGAAAAACGGGUAUAAGUAAUUUACGCGGCGAAUUACUAACACCGAAUCUACGUACGUCGUUAAAUAUCUCUUUCCG